AGUUGAACCAGCAAGCUUGGGCUGUUUAGUCCAUAUUCAUUAUAUCUGCAGAACCCUUGAGAAUCCCAUUAGCUCACUGAUCCACUGUGGGGACUGGGGGUGGAAACACGGGUAGACUUUCUAAGAGGAGAAAGGGGCGAAGAAGAAAGUUGAAGACCAAUGGAGAGAGCUUAGUGAAGACGUGGAGGGAGGAGGGUCUUCACAGACCUGCAGUGUUGGGUGUAGACUUGACAAAGCUCCUCCUCUUUCUAUAUCAUCUGCUGUCUUUAAGUUGAGGGUCAUUGCUCAUUCGUGUCUAUAGGCAGACAUAUUGAAAGCAAGGACGUAAGGUUUACCCUUUGCCCAGGAUGGCCCAACUUUCACUGCCUGCAAUUGGCUUCCUGUUGUUUCUCGUGCCAACGGUGUUCACCGUUGAGGCAGAAGCUAAGAGUGGUGUGAAACUGCUCCGAAAGAAAAGAGAAUGGAUUCUCCCCCCCAUAAAGCUGAUGGAGAACACAGACUACACAAAGAGGGAUUUCAUUGCUAAGAUUCGAUCUGACAAAUCAGGAAACACAAAAUUGUCCUACUACCUGAAGGGAGCUGGCGCUGACCAGGAACCAUACAACCUGUUUUUUGUUGAUGAAAAAACUGGAUUUGUAAAGGUUACCGGUAUAUUAGACAGGGAAAAAAUCCCAGCAUAUAAUCUGACAGGCAUAGCAAAGUUUCUGAACGGCUCAAUUGCAGAAAAGAGCAUUGGCUUGAACAUUAAGGUCGGCGACGAGAAUGACAACCCCCCAAUAUUCAAAAAACUUUCCGGAUCGGUUAACGAAUCCAGCCAUACAGGUACUUUUGUUAUGCAAAUAACUGCUACGGACGCUGAUGAAGCAGAAUCUCCUAAUUCCCAGAUUUCAUAUAAGAUCAUCAAGCAGGAGCCACCAGAUAUUGGGCAUAUGUUUUACAUAGAUGAAAAAGAAGGAAAACUUUACGUUAAAGAAUCUACUCUUGAUCGAGAGACACACAGUUUCUAUACUUUAGUUAUAAAAGGUGCAGAUAUGAAUGGGGCAGCAAAUGGCAACUCUGGGACAGGAACAGUGGAGGUGACAAUCCUUGAUAUCAAUGACAAUGUACCCACCUUGGAAAAGAACAUGUAUGAAGGUAGCAUUGAUGAGAACACAGCCAAUGUAGAAGUAUUGAGAAUGAAAGCCUUAGAUAAGGAUCUACAGAAUACUGACAACUGGUUGGCUGAUUUCAAGAUCAUUUCUGGAAAUGAUGAUGACGUCUUCAGUAUUGUGACGGAUCCCAAGACCAAUGAGGGAAUUUUAAUGCUUAACAAGCCAGUAGAUUACGAGAAGGUCAAAGAUCUUGAGCUGGGAGUUGCUGUUGGGAAUGUGGCACCUCUACAUGUUGAUGUUGGAGCAGAAGUAGAUGCAGGAGCUGAUGUGGGAGUUGACGCAGGAGUUGACGCAAGAGUUGAUGCAGGCGUUGAUGCAGGAGUAGGAGCAGGAGCUGGAGUAGGAGUUGGGGCAGGAGUUGGGGCAGGAGUUGGAGCAGGAGUUGGAGCAGGAGUUGGAGCAGGAGCUGGAGCAGGAGCUGGAAUUCUACCUGGAUCUGGUGGUGCAAAGCCCGCUCAAACUAAGCCAGGCAAAAAAAGUUACCCUAUUAAGAUCAAAGUGAAUAACCUACCAGAUGGUCCAGCUUUCAACCCACCGCUGAAGCCAGUGCCGGUGUCUGAGGAUAUAAAAAAUGCCACUAAAAAACCUGUAAUUGCAAAAUAUCCAGCUAUUGAUGGUGACACAGGAGAAGUUGCUGAAAAUGUUAGAUAUGCUAAGGCAUUUGAUCCCGACAACUGGAUUUCAAUUGACGAAAAGACAGCAGAGAUCAAACUUAACAAACAGCCAGACAGAGAAUCUAAGUUCCUUACAAACGGAACUUACUAUGCAAAAGUUAUCUGCAUGGCACAAGAUUUUCCUUCUAAAACAGCCACCGGCACCAUAGCCAUCCAGGUCGAAGACGCCAAUGAUAACUGUCCUCAGCUCACUAGUACCCACCAGUCCACGUGCUCGGAUGCUAGCCACAUCAGUGUCUCUGCAACUGAUAUGGAUGACUAUCCUAAUGCUGGCCCUUUUGAAUUUACAAUAGUACCUGAAGGCACAAGUGGUGAAUGGGAAGUAGCGUCUUAUAAUGACACCAGUGCUGUUCUGAAGCCCCGUGCCAACCUAUGGCCUGGCUCCAUGCAGGUAACAUUGGAAGUAAAAGACAAGCAAGGUCUGGCCUGUCCUGACAAACAGGUUCUUCACCUGGAGGUUUGCACCUGCACUGAAAUGGAGUCCUGUAAUAUCCGUGAAGCUCGAGCAUCCUCCGCUAAGUUAUCCAUGCCUGGAGUAUGGGCACUUUUUCUAGGAGCCUUGCUACUACUACUCGCACUGCUCCUGUUGCUGUUUUGUACCUGUGGGCAUGAUGCCAGUGGUGCCAUUCUGGGGGAUUUGACAUUUAGCGCUAAAGAAUAUCUGAUUCCAUACCAUACAGAGCAAGUGGGGGAUGACAAGGAACUCCCGCUGUUCAGUGCUCCUGACCUGAUAUCAAAAGGAACUCGUGAGCUGGUGACUACAGAUAAUAAGCUGUAUGGCACCUAUAACCAGGGAUGGUACGAUUCCAUCAAAAAAGGACUGAUUGAGACUGAUUAUGGAGUUCAGAGAGGGACGAUGGACCGAAAUCAUGGAUCUGGAAGUUUCCUCUACUCUGAGUUUUCAAACCAUUAUGGCGAUGUUUUUGACGAAAUAUCCCUCUCUAAGGCGUUCCUUAAACAGUACUACUCACAGAAGGCAAAUUAUGCAACACAUGGCGAAGCCCAAAAUGACAACUUUUUAGCAUUCGGCUACGAAGGUGGUGACUCACCUGAGGGAUCAGUAGGAUGCUGUAGCAGCACCGAGGCGGACAAUGACCUCAGCUUCCUGGACGACUUGGACCCCAAGUUCAUGACCCUGGCUGAGAUCUGCAGUCAGCCUCAAACUGACACUGAAGAGUCUGUGAGUGAAGUGAAGUACAUCACUGUUGCUGAGCAGCACACACCAUCUCCAUUGAGUCCUGUAGAGAAGAUUGUGAAUGCCAGUUAUGUAACAACCCUACCUUGUCAACCAUACAUCAUACAGCAGCCUGUGUACUACACCACCACCCCUGUGUUACAAACCACUCAGUAUGUUGUUGGACCUCAGGUUCAUAAUGCUAUUCUGGUUACGGAACAGCCCUUAGAUCCAAACAUGCAGACCAUAUAUGUUAUGGAUCGUGCCCCAGGAUCUGAUAGCAUGAUACUGAAGGAGGAGAGAGUACUGGUAGGCCCUGCUUCUCCAGAUGUCAUAUUUCCUGGCCACCCAGAAGCCCUAAAAAUGAAAGAGAACAUUGUUUUGGUUGAGAGAAAGGGUGCUUCAGGUCUGGUGGUACAAGAGGCCACUGCUGAACCAGAUAAAGGCCUUGUUCUAAUAGGUAAUGUUCCAGAGUCCCCGGAUAUCAUUCGCCCUGAAGGAGAAUUAAAGACCUGGCAGGUAUUGCCGGAAGGCUUGUCAAAUAUUGAAGAAUGGUCCCUGCAGGGGAGGGUCAUCUGCACACCACAGCAGCCGGUGUUUAUGGACAUCGAGCUCUCAACUGAAAGAGACAUGAUGGAGCAUUUGAAGAAAGAGGAUGACUGGUCAGAUGAUCAGAUGGUUCAGCUAGAAAGACCUAUCAGUUCUACUUAUCAGGAAAAUCAAGAAAGAAUCCAGAGUUUAGCAGAUGAUAUAGCUGAUUCAGGAAUAAUAGGUGCUAUUAAAGAUCUGGGCAGCUCUUCUCAUCCAGUGGAGGAGGAAAGUAAAUUAAUAACUGAAGAACUUGUGAGGGGAGAAAACAGAUAUGAUACAUCUUCUGAAGAACCAAAAGAAAUAGAAGAAGAAGAAAAUGAGAACAAGAAAAGGGAGCUAGAUGAAAUAGCCUCUGUAGAAGAUGAAAUAUCUGAAUCAUCUAAUAACGAGGGUGAGACACUGGAUGUUUUAGAAGAGCACAUUAUUACUAGGGAGGGUUUGGAAGGAGAUGCUUCUGUUUCAAAUAAUAUUCAUAUAAUUAAAAUUCCAGAAGGCUUUAGGCAGAUUGGGGGGGAUGAAUACGUAGAAACAUUAGAACAUGCAAAAUUAAGAAUAUGUUCUAAAGAUCUGUCACAAAUGCCUGAAAAUAUCUGCCAUAGCAUUAACGGGAUGAAGGACACAGAAUUGCUCAACUCAGAGGAAGAGGACCUCGAAGAGAUUCAGAUUGUUUCUUUUGCAAAAGAGGACAUGGAUGUGUUAGGAACUGACUUGCAAAACUUGGAGACUGAAAGUAAAACUGAUUCUAAGAUGAUGGAAGAUCAGUCAAUGUUGAGUCCCAAGUCUCAGGAGAGUGAGUUAUCUGUUUCACAAAUAGAGGAGAACCAAGGAAUUACUGGCCAUAUGCUGGACGAAAACAUGUUGAAAUUUGAAAAAUUACCAAAAUCACAUACUGAUCUUUCUGUUGAGACUAGCAUUGAUUCUAUCCAAAUUGUGGUAAAUGACGAACUGACAUCAUUGCAAGGAACAAUACAACAAGAAGAAAAUAUGGAAGGGGUCAAUCAGGGAGUUUGUUUCUCUUGUGUGGAAAUACAAGAUAUGUCAGAGUCUGAUCUACAAGCUAGCAGAAAGGACAUUAUUUCUGAGAAUCAAUCAAUUCCUCGAGAAAUUACGGAAGAAGAAAUGGCAGAGACUGAACCUCAGUCUCAUGAAGUUAUUGUAGAAGAUGAAAUGCUAACACAAACGCUAGCUGAAAAUGCCUCUGAAGGUGGAGUAACGCCUGAAUCAUCUAAUGAAGAUCUUGUGAAGAAGGAGAAAACAGAUGUCUUAGAAGAGUGCAUUAAUACUGGCCAAAGUUCAGAGGGAGAGAUACCUGUUUCAUACACCUCAGAUACUGACAUGAUUCAAGAAAUCCAUGAACAAAUGGUGGAGGAAGACAAGUCAAGACCAACCACAGUGUCCUCCCAAGAGGACCAAAUGGAAAUAAGUUCCCUGGAGGACCGUGUUAGUGAUUGUCAUGCAAGGGAACAAGAUUCAUCAGCACUAAUUAAUGUAAUGGUGCAAGAUGAAGCAGAACCAGAAAGCAUCAGAGUUUCAAGACAGAAAGGAGAGGAACAUGAGCUAGAGUGCAGUCAAAAUUUCCAGAAAUCGAUACCUGGAAUUUCUGACACCCAACAGACGCUGCUGACUCAACAAAUGUUAGAACAAGAAGACUACCCCACCGACACUACAGAAGCAUUAAAACAAGUUAUUGGUGACCAAAUGACAGAGGACAAUGUAUCAGAGUCUGAAGAGUCUGAAACUAGUUUCCAACAAGUAAAUGCUGAAGCUCUUCUUGCUUUAGCGACAAGACAGGUUGGCAAAUCAGGGGAUGACCAACUAUCAUCAGAAUCAGAGAACAUCAGUUCAGAGGACAGUUCUGACAGCCCCGACCAAGAAUUGGAUGAAAAGGCCACAGUAAGUGUGCCUGAAGGUGAAAAGUCUGCAUCCACAGAGAAUCGAGCAGAUGAUGAUGGGUUACAGAACGUCCUUGAAGAGGAUGCUCACAGCAAACCUGAAAAGGGGAUGAAACGUAAAUCAUCCAAAAAGCUUCUAAGCCCUAAAAAGUGCAAUACACAGUGAAUGUGUAUGUAGAAAUAUGACAUAUUGAUAUUCAUAAUAUUACAUUGAACCAUUAGUCAACUGCUGGACUUGGACGCGCGGGGGCGUGUGGCCGAAGCCUAUCCAGUACAUUAAGCACAUGCACACGCACACACACACACACACACACACACACUUGUAGGGUAUUCCUAUCCUUAUGGGGCCUGCUCAUUCACUUCUAUGGGAAAAAUGCUAACGCUAACUAUGACAACCUUAACCCCCACCCUGCCCUAACCAUUACCAUAAGUAACCAAGCAAAAUACAAUUUUUGCAUUUUUAGUUUUUUUCAUAGCAGUCUCCGGUUUUUAUAAAAUAGAGUUUUCCCUUAUGGGGACCAGGAAACCGGUCCCCAUAAAGGAAAAACAACGGAUAUUUAUCACGUUAUGGAGACAUUGUGUCCCGAUAAGGAUAGGUAUACCCGCUCACACACACACACACACUCACACACAUAUAGCCGUGCGCACACACACACACACACACACACACACAUAAACACACACACACAUAUAGCCGUGCGCACACACAUACACACACGCACCACAUAUACAUACUGUACAUAUAUACAACACGUAACUGCUGCUUACACAAGUGUCAUUUUCUAUGCCUUUUAAAAGACAGUCCCAGUUUGCCUUUAUUACAGGGGAAUCCAAAAUGUAAUAAUAUUGUGCAUUGCAACUUAACUCUGUCCAGGCCAUUCUCAGCCAUAAAAAAUACCUUUAUUAUUAUACUGGUGCAGGGAAGAAUAUAUGAAAGGCUUCAAUUUCUAUUCAUGGAUUCCACAAUGGGACGUUCUGCAGAGGGAUUAAAAUACAAAAAGGGGUCUGGAAUCAAGAAUGUGUUCCAUGGUAGGGAGCGAAAGGCAGGGUCUGCAGGAGGGCAUGUCAAGGUUAACUUUCAGAGCUUGUGCUUAAGCAGGAGUUAAUAUAAAGUAUAUAUUAAUAGCUUAAUAUAGAGAAGCAAGUCUUGUACUAAAAUAUUAACCCGGUAAACAUGCAUGCCCCCUACUGGAACAUUCAUGUUACUACAGGUUUGUUUCAUCAUUCACAUGGCAUAGAGAAGUUGGAACAUGUACAAAGCCUGUUUUAUCAAUAAUACACCAAGUACAGGAAUGUGGUUUACACAUAAACUUGAGCGACAUGUGAAAAAAGAGAGUACAGUAAGGAUAAUCAAAUGACACUAACUGGCACAACGAUUUUAAAGACUAUGAAAUCAUUCAUAAAUAACAUUACAGAUUUUUUUUAAAAGCUUGUGACUUUAGAACUUUACAUUUUCAUUGCAUUCUCAUUUUCCCCCAUGUCCUUUCCUACAUGCUUGUUUCUAUAACAAAUGUAGACUAAGAUUUAUUGUUAUUACUACAAUAUAAUGAUUAUAUUUCUCACAAAACAAACAUGCUGCAUAAAAUGUAUGUAUAGAUCAGUCUAAGUCCUUUCUUUUUAAGUAAUUUGGUAGCACUUUACUUGACAGGUCACAAAUUAUAUAGUAUUAUACUAUUACUUAUGUAUUAAUUAACAACAAACUAAUUCUUAAUUGCAUACGAUUCAUCAUUAAUAAAUCGUGAUGCAUGUUUUAUCUCAAGCAGUAACUACAUUUGUUACUAUAACCUUUAAUUCUGCAAACCUAAAGGAACUACUCAAGGAAUAAGUAAUGAAUAACAAGUGAAAUACGGAUCUCAUGUUUGUUCAUUAAUGAAUCAUAACAUCUUAAGUAGCAUCUAUUUUUGUUCAUGAUUUGUUCAUAAUUUGUACUGCAGUAGUAGCCAGGUUAUUACUAAAUAUUUCUGCCCCGUCAAGUAAAAUGUUAUCAAUAAUCUGAAUUUUUUUAAGCCAGUCGCAAUCAAAAUAAAUCUUUUUUAUGAAAACUUGA